AUGUCUCCAUUCUUCAUGGCCAUGUUCAUUUUCUUCCUCAUUUUAUCUCCUCCGGUGGUUACCACCAAAGGACCCAAGAUUACAGCCAUGGUCGCUGUCGCCUCUAGGCUGCUGGCAGGAUCAAAACCAGACGAUUAUACAACGACAUUUAAACCGGAAAAUACGAAGGGAAGAAAUCAAGUUUUCCAUGGUAAAGCUGUGGAUAACUGUAUGCCUAAAGGUAAAAGGCAUUCCUCUGCGCCAAGCCAUUACAUAAAUUACCACACUUUUGGUUCAACAGGGCGUGAUAAAAUCGACACUCCAUGA